GCCUGUGUCAGUGCGUUGAAACUCAACGCUCGUCGCCUUGUCAUAGGAAAUGUUCGUACGUUGAAGCUUUUCAGCAGGCCAACUGUGAAUAUAGAUCAUUGGACACUAUACCCAUCGAAUGCAAUGCUGCUUCAUAUUUGUCUCUCCGUUACAAUCACAUCACCACGAUCGAACCUGAGAUUUUCAGAGGCUUUCCUUUCUUGAAGUAUCUCUUGUUGUCUAACAACAACAUAUCACAUCUCAAAGCAAAUACGUUUAUGGGGGCACCUCAACUGAAGUCAAUCAAGCUUCUCUACAACAAUCUACAAACAUUCGAUGGAUAUGCGCUGAAUGGAACAGAAAAUAGUCUCCGACACAUCUACCUGAGUAGGAAUUCGCUACGAGUCAUAGAAAAUGGAACCUUUCAACUCGUACCGAAGCUAGAGGUUAUUGACCUCUACCAGAAUCACCUAUAUCCACUGACUUCAGGGGUCUUCCAAGAAUUAAAGAACCUGGAAAAGCUCCUCCUCGGCAUGAACAAACUCUUUGAUCUUCCUGAAGAUAUCUUCAAAGACCUAUCAUCGUUAGUUUACCUGGAUCUGUCCAACAAUUCUCUCUCAUCCCUUACCAUUGAUCUCUUUGUGCAUAUGGAUCAUCUGAUGAUUAUUGAUCUCUCUGGGAACAGGUUGGUUGCUAUUGGCAAUGUUCUUAAUCUUCCAAACAUUCGGUUGGACUUAUGUCGGAAUAGUCUACGUCAACUUGGCAAUGUGACUUUGGAAAUCUUGACAAACAAUAUUGAAUUUCUGCUUUUGGAAGGCAAUCCAUGGAACUGUACCUGUAGCUUAGAGCCGUUGCGUCAAUGGUAUCAAAAACUCUCUAUAAUCAAAGAUGGAAAUGUCAAUAUUGAUAACCCGAUAUGUACUCAUCCAAAUGAUCUAGCAAAUCAGUUGAUAAAUUCUUUGAACUUUUCUCUUUGCCACGACAUAGUAGCUAAAAGUACGCAAACUUCUAGGUUAAACGUCAACCAUGAUGACAGUCAGAUUAGAAAUACCCUAAUAGCUACUGACCAGAUGUACCAAGAUGUCUCUGGAAAAACUGAAACUAGUGACAUAGAUUGUAAAUUGAAUGUUAUCAUUGUUGUGGUUGUUGUAGCGUUUGUCGUAAUAAUCGUUAUCGUCUCUUUCAUAAUCCUCAGGGUAGUUUUGUUAAAGAGGCGUUCCAAUGAUAUAAAAGCAAAUAAAAACUCUGAAAGUAACGGACGAGGAAACUGGGGUGGGAACAAAACCAGUAUACAAAUGGAGACAAAGGAACGGAGAAAUAGUUUAUCGGAGGAAGAAGAAGAAGGAGACGUUAAUGAACGCACACCAUUAAAACGCGAGAGAAAUCGUGGAGACAUAGAUCUGACACCAAAGGAAAGAACAUGCAGGAAAAAUUUGAUCGAAGCAAAUAAAUUUAUUGGGGCACCUCAACUCAAGUCAAUCAAGCUCCUCUACAACAAUCUACAAACAUUCGAUCGAUAUGCGCUGAAUGGAACAGAAAAUCGACUCCGAAACAUCUACCUGAGUAGGAGUUCCCUACGAGUCAUAGAAAAUGGAACCUUUAAACUCGUACCGAAGCUAGAGGUUAUUGACCUCUACCAGAAUCACCUAUCUCAACUGAAGUCAGUUUCUGGUAGAGGGGGUCUAGAAUCAGGGGUCUUCCAAGAAUUAAAGAACCUCGAACGUCUUUUCCUCGGCAUGAACAAACUCCUUGAUCUUCCUGAAGAUAUCUUCAAAGACCUAUCGUCGUUAGUUUACCUAGACCUGUCCAACAAUUCUCUCUCAUCCCUUACCAUUGAUCUCUUUGUGCAUAUGGAUCAUCUGAUGACCAUUGAUUUCUCUGGAAACAGAUUGGUUGCUAUUGGCAAUGUUCUUAAUCUUCCAAACAUUCGUCUGUUUCUGGAAGGCAGCCCGUAGGAUUGCAGAUGUGAC